AUGUGGAGCAUUGGCGGUGCCUUUGCCGGCUCUGGCGACUCCACUUCCCACAGGAGAAGGCCGAUUCCCUUUCGGCGGCGCUGGAGGAGGAGCUCCUCUCUAACCACAGCGAGCGNCCACUUCCCACAGGAGAAGGCCGAUUCCCUUUCGGCGGCGCUGGAGGAGGAGCUCCUCUCUAACCACAGCGAGCGUGAUGAAUGUACUGAUGACACUGUUGCCGAGGAGCGAGUUCCACGCGACCUUCAUUCCCUUCCUGUCUUUGUGCAGGCCUUGUGCGCAGCGGUGCAGUUGGGUGAGGCGCAGUUGCGGUUUCUCCCUGCUGCUGCUGCUGCUGCUCCUGCCGCAUGCAGAGAUGACGGUGGUGACGACGACGAGAGGCUGCUGUUCGCAUCGGUCAUUGCCGAACUCCGCGUGGUGGCGCUGUUCUUGGCGCAGGAGCGGCUCACGCAUACCCUUCACGCGACGCACCACCGCGUGGAGGUGGGGGGGGACGCACACAGCGAGGCCUACAAGAGUGCCAUAGUGCCAGACAACGCGCCGCUCCCCUCACGCGCUGGCGAGCAGGUGCGUCACCUGGGCGUGCGACUCUCACCGGAAGAACUUCAGCAGGCUAUCGUGCUCGCCGACACGGGCACCGCGCUCUUGGCGCUGCGCCCGCCGGUGAUACUGUUGCCAGCCCUCUACCGCCUGCUUCUGCCCGCGCUGGGGGCCUGUGAGCAGCUCGACAGCUGCCGUCUUGGCGCACUCGCCACCGCACUCGCGCGCAGCGCCGACUUUGACGACCCAAAUAGGGGUGAUCCGACCGCGACAGGUAUUUCUGCUGUUACUGCUUCUCCUUCCGCUGGUGUUGACACAGACGGCACUGGUGAGGUGCUGCGGCCGGCCAUGACGUCCUAUACGGUGCUGUCGCACCUGCACGCCGUUGCUCGCACGCUUGAAGUGCGGAUGCGUGUAGUGAUUGAAAGCGCGGAGGUGAAGUUGCACCGCCGCGCCUCAACUCAAGAGGCGAAGUUGCGGCUUCUCUCACUGAAGGAGCGCAAGGCGUUGGAGCGUCAGGAGCGCGAGGCAGCGGGAGGUGAGGAUGCUACCAAGAGGAUCCUGCUGGAGGAUGUGGUGGUGGUGUGCAGCGCUCUCGCUGCACGGCAUUACGCUGAUGGCAGAUUUUGGGCGACUGUGACGGAAUACACUGCUGCAGUUGUAUCCACGGCGGGAGUAGAAGCCCCCAAUUCUCUCCAAGAUGUGCGCGAUAUACUCUUCGCGCUGGACUAUGUUCGCCAACCGGUACACUUUGAGCGUCUCAUGUCCCUCUUGGUGGAGUUUCAGCUCCUGCAGGGGCCGAUUGCCCCGCCAUCAUCGACACAGAAGGCAAUGAAGGCAGUAAAGGGCCGAACUGCAGCUUCUUUCGAUUGA